AUGGCAGACCUCCAGAUUUUAAUGGUAAAUUUCACUAUCAACGGGAAUCACUAUACUCAUGGUUAUUAUCUUGCAGAUGGAAUUUAUCCAAAAUGGUCCACCUUAGUUCAAUGUUACCGUCAGCCACCAGCCGGUGAAAUGGGUCGUUCAUACUCAUAUUUCAAUAGUAAACAAAUAGAACUGAGAAAGGAUGUGGAACUGGCUUUUGGAAUUCUGAAGCGGAAGUUCGCUAUCAUUUGUGGGACUUAUCAUGGUCUAAGUGCUCGUGAAAUGCAUAAGACUAUGCUGACUUGCAUCAUUAUGCAUAACAUGGUAAUUCAGGAAACUCGUCGUAAUAAGGAUUGGAAUAACCAUCAAGAUGAAGACUUAAGGCCUGAGAUUCUACCAGCAAGAGGAUUACCUGCAAGGAAAUAUGCGCAAAUGACUAGUCAUAUUAAGAGCGGAACUCUGUAUAACAGGUUAAGGGAAGAUCUCAGAGCAAAUAUGUGGACCGGGUUUGGAAGAGAUGGAGGACGAAUUGAGUAG